AUGUCUAAGGCGUAUGAUCGGUUGGAAUGGGGUUUUAUUUCCAAAGUUCUCUCCUCAAUGGGUUUUCCUGAAAAGUUCGUGAAUCUGAUUGCUCAGUGUUUGCUUAAGAAAGGAGUGGCGGACAAGAAGAUUCAUGGAGUUAAGAUUGCCAGAAAUGCUCCAGUGAUAUCACACUUGUUCUUUGCAAAUGACUGCCUCCUCUUUGCUAGAGCCAACACCAGCGAGGCAAGGAAAAUCCUGGACAUCCUGCACCAAUACCAGUCAGCUUUGGGACAAAUCGUUAACUUUGAGAAGUCGGAGGCAUCCUUCAACUCCAAUGUCAAACUUGAAGAUAAAGUCAAUAUCCAGAACAUGAUGGGAGUCAACACAGUUCAGAGGCACACGAAGUAUUUGGGGAUCCCGAUUAUUUUUUGUAGAUCAAAGAAAGACAUCUUCAAGUUAGUGGUGGAUAGAGUGCAGAAAAAAGUGAAAGGGUGGAAGGAAAAAGCCUUGUCAAAAGCUGAAAAAGAGGUCCUCAUUAAAGUCGUGACCCAAGCAAUCCCAAACUACAUCAUGGGAUGCUACAAAAUACCAGAAUCUGUUUGUCAAGAGAUUGAGAGCAUUGUGGCUAAAUUCUGGUGGGGAAGCAAGGAGGGUGAUCAGAAGAUUCAUUGGAUGCGAUUGGAGAGAAUGGCUAAAUCAAAGAAAGAGGAAGGAUCAUUGUUUGAAAGAGUGUUCAAGAGCAGAUACUACCCCAACCGGUCCAUCCAGGAGAGUAAAUUAGGAUUUAAUCCUAGUUAUGCUUGGAGAAGCAUAUUGUCAUCAAGGGAGUUAGUCUUAAGUGGCACAAGGUGGUGUAUUGGUAAUGGCGACAAGGUGGUAGCAAAGAAAGACAAUUGGAUCCCUACGGUGGUGUAUUGGGGAAAAUGA